UUUUUUGGUCGGACCAGUCUGUUUCAAGAAGCAUAGUUAGGUUAGUUAUUAAAGCAUAGUUAUGCUUUUUCUUUAUUUAUAUAGAAUUUAUGUUUCUUCAUUUAAUGACAUGUUUGGUUAUUGUUCGAAUUUUAAUAAUGACUAAUUCUCAUUUCACUGCACGACUGACUUCGUUAUUAGUCUGAUCGACGUGUGACAUCUGUUGAGUCGGAAUUUCUCGUUACCCUAGACUAGAGCAUAGUACUGGUAGCCCAGUUUGGAACGACUUAUUUUCGUUAUGGUAUUGCAGGGGCGACGAAACCAGUGGGACUUGUUCGACAAUGCAGGUUCCAGGUUGGAACACUUCCGUGUUCUGAUUGUGGUAUAAUAAUAAAAGAUGAGCUGGUGGUAGCUAUAUUGAGCCCUGCUUAAAGAGUAUUUUAAUGGCAUCAAACAGUUUAUCCCGGUACAUAAUAAAACUGAGAACAUACCUUAACUUUAAGGUUAAAUGGAAAAACAUGACUACCCAAUACCAACCAUUCGUGCAGCAGAUGUAGCAAUAUGUUUAUAGGUCUUCAAAUUUAUGAAAAUUGAUCACAAAUCGAUGAGCGUACCGUAGCGCCCGACAAUUUAAGUUAUUGUGUCAAUAUCGUGCUGCUCACAGCAGAAAGAAAUGCGUGAUUAUUUAGUCAAGUUGGCAUUGGUACAAUUUUUUAUGUCAUGUCAUACUUUUCUUUUUGUUAACUGAUAGGUUAGUUACGAGUAAUAAAUCCUUCAAUACGUUUGGUAGCCGAAUAUUCAAUUAUUGAUUGGUCUGGUACUGCUGUAAUAGGUGCAUUUCACAGAAAUAUAUUCUCUGGCAAAAUUGGCUCAUCACGAGCGCUGUUUCUGCUGUGAUCGCGGCAGUCAUGUAGGACUUUGCCCCCACUCGCUUUGCGAUUUGCUUGAUUGGUUAUGAUUGCGAAACUAUAUAUUUGAUUGAGGGUAUCGACAGAGUUUCUCAAUACAUUUCGCGUUGUGGGAUGAUGCCCGUUCGUUUGCACGACCGAUAUUUAAGUUUGCUGGUAUUAUUUACUGAGUAAGUAACCCUGUAGUGAAUCUUUUCCACGGUCGGUUGAAUUCCUGGCGGAUUCGUUACACUGUCCUGGCCAGUUCUUCAACAAUCGCACUACUUUGCGUUGAUAAAACUCGGUCGUGAUAGCCCUAGUACUGAAAUAGUAGCUCAGUCUGUGUUGAGCAUUAGCGCGUUUUACUUUCGCAUCGCACGUAUUCUGGCGUUUCCGUUGACAGGAAGCACCGGCUUUACUAUAUAUCUAUCAUUCGGUAGAAAUUGACUAGCCUAGGCAGCAAGUUAUACUGCAACUAUAGGAUCGAUCAGCUGAUGACUCAAAAUGGAUAUAUUGCUGAAAACUAUAAUUUUAUCGUACCUGGGAUGUGUGCUGAAAUAUUCAUUUGCGGCAAACUUAGAUCCCAUUGUGCAGACGCAAUAUGGAAAAGUUAAAGGAACGCUCAGAAAUGCCAUUGGAUCCUCAAGGCCCGUUUAUUCAUAUUUUGGAGUUCAAUACGGCCGAUCGCCGGACUAUGUUUUUAGGUUCCGGCCGGCCGAAGACCCGUGGACAUGGGAUGGCGUACGUGACGCUACGAAUGAGAACAGACCCAUGUGUGUUCAGGACAGAGUUCGUUUGAACGGCUUACGGAAAGACACGUACCUGAAGUACCUUUUGCCGGACAACCCGCUCAUGAGCGAGAAUUGUUUAGUAUUGGAUAUCUUUACUCCACGAUCGCCCAACGGCACAAAAAGAGAUAAUUUACUACCUGUUGUUUUAUGGAUUCAUGGAGGGUCGAUGGACGCAUUCUUUUCCACAACGAAGUUAUGGGGCCUACCUGCGUUUGAAGAUGUCGUGUUAGUUCAAAUUCAAUAUCGAUUAGGUGUUUUCGGAUUUUUAACAACGGAAGACAAGUGGGCGCCCCCUAACAAUGCUUUUCAUGAUCAUUUGAAAGCAAUGAAAUGGGUUCGAAAAAAUAUUGAGGCAUUUGGUGGAAAUCCUGAUCUAGUCACGCUGAUGGGCGAGUCAGCUGGAGCUGUUGCUGCAACAGCACAUACUCUCAUUCCGGAAAGCAAAGGAUUGUUUCAUCGUGUUUUCGCUACAAGUGGUGCUCCUAAUUCCAUGGUUUGGCCAAAAACAUACGGAGAUGCAAUUGAGAGAAUGGCAAAGAACGUGAGCUGCAAAUUUGACGACAACGCGUACACCAGUACUUGCCUGAGAAACAAAAUCUCAACUUCCAGAAUUAUGAAGUUAGUCAAAGAUAUGAACAUUAAUUUCAAGAUGCUAGAAGACCGAGAUUUAUUUCCAGUUCCGAUAAACGAAGCCAUCGAAACAAAAACAUUUGUGUCCUCUGUACCAGUGAUGAUGGGCGUUAUGAAUGGAGAGCAAAACUACUUAUUAUCUCGGCGCGUAUUUUCUAAUAUUUAUUUAAAGGGGCCUGAUCUAACAAGAUCCGAAGCCGAAAGUGCUCUUCGAAAUUUAUUCCACGAUCGUUAUCAGAGUGGAAAUGUUGAUGCCAUUUUAAAGGCUGUUACACAGAAAUAUCUCGAUCCAAAGAAAGUCGGGAACAAGGGAAUGAAACUUUAUAAAGGAACUAUGGAAGCAAUAGCGGAUUGUUGGUUCGUUUCGAAAUCUGCAAGGUUCGCAGAAAAAGUAAAAGAGUCGGGUCAAAGGGCAUACUUCUUCGAAUUUACCUUAAAACCAGCAAUGUACGACGCCAGACCCAAAGAUUUCCCGCGGUUGUAUAAGUUUGACACAGCAGAUCAUGCUGACGAUUUUCCCUACAUGUUCGGACUGCCUUUCGUACGAGAAUUGGCAGGUGGAGAUAAUCCUGCAUUGUAUUUUUCUGAUAUUGAUAAGGAGAUAAGCAAGAAGUUUAUGCAUUUAAUUGCUCACUUUGCAAAAACUGGAUCUCCGCCGGAAGAACUUGGCUGGCCGCAGUACCCAAGAUACGCAGUCAUAAACAAGGGCAUCACUAUAUCCAAGGAUAAUUUUCAAAGUAACAGAAUGUAUUUCUGGAACGAAGGUAUACCCAAACUAGCUUUUCCUUGACGACCGUUGCUGGCCAGUGAAGCAAUAAACAAUAGGAUCUUGA